AUGGAAAAAGGGGCAGGGGCUGGUAUCUACAGCAGUGGACAGAAAACAGAAAUUUCUCUGCAACUAGGGGACACUACAUCAAUUUUUCAGACAGAGGUAUACGCGAUUUGGGCCUGUGUAGAGCACAUCAAAAAGCUCAAUCACAGGAACAAGCACAUCUACAUCUGUAGUGAUAGUUGCGCAGCGCUCAGAGCACUAGAACAAAUAGAAGUGUCCUCGAGGCUGGUGCGUAGCUGCAUGAAUUCGCUGGAUGAACUGGCGAGAUACAACAGAGUCAAACUCCUAUGGAUACCGGGUCAUAGCGGGAACGCAGGAAAUGACAGAGCAAACGAACUGGCGAAGGCAGGAGCCCGCAAGAGGGACCCCGAGCCAAUGUUCGACAUAGCAGCGCCUUUCAGCCUCAUUAAGCAACAGACUUCUCUAUGGGCUGAUAACAAGUUCCAGGAAGUGUGGACUGAAGCAAAAGGCAUGCUGCACACGAGGGCACUAAUAAAAGGACCCUCUAGAACACUAGGCCUGUCCUUGAUAGGGCUUGACAAGAAAACGCUAAGGCUAACUGUCGGGUUCAUCACAGGACAUUGGACAACUGGCAGACAUCUGAAGCAUAUGGGCAUCUCAGAGAGCUCUGUAUGCUCCAGAUGUCGAUCAGAGGAGGAAACACCUCGACACCUAAUCCUCCAUUGCGAGGAACUAGCAACAGUUCGAGAGAACAUACUAGGAUUCCGCAAUGGAGAGUCGAUCGAUGUGCUGGAGAUUGGCGUGGGACGGCUGCUCCACUUUCUGAAGCAGACAGGCCUGGCCAAUUCUUCGGCGACGUAA